UUUUUUCUUGUAUUUACAUCAAUACACAUGUCAGCUGUUUCUUCUGAUUCAAGUUAUUUUUUUGUCUGAUUUUGUCUCUGCUGACUAACGGCCUGAGGGAAACCCCAUCAUCCUUGUUGGACUUUUUGUUUUUCCAUUUGUUCUGGUAUCGUCAGCGUGAACGUGUUUCCUCCUUUGUCAUGCCAGAACCCCCUCCACCCUUUAACUCCGACAACCCGCUUCCUGUCCCUUCAGCUGUUCCCCUCCUCUCCUUCCCAGUGCCUCUCCAGAGCCGUUUCAGCUCCUCCACCGUCUCCCUCUGCGCGUUGUGAUUUUGGUGUUUUUGUUUUCCGAUGUGCUGCUCGGUGGGUUUUGCCCGGUCUUUGGGCCUGGCUCUGCUGCCGCUGGCACUCUGCAGCAUUUUGGCCAACCUGCUGCUGCUGUUUCCAAUGGGAGAAAUCACCUACAUGCAGCAGGACCGACUCGCCAGCUACAUCUGGUACUUUGGUGGACUGGGAGGCGGAGGGCUGCUGAUGCUGAUUCCAGCUGUGGCCUUCAUCACUCUAGGGAAAUGCAGCUGCUGCUGGAAUGAAAGCUUAAUGAUGUGCGGCUCGGUUCUGGCGGCCAUCGUCGGUCUCCUGGGCUCUGGUUACUGCUUUGUCAUUUCAGGCCUGGCUUUGGUUCAGGGCCCCCACUGCUUCACCUUCUAUGGGUGGUCGUACCCCUUCGCAGACCAGCGCGGCAGGUAUCUGCUGCAGCCUGAAAUCUGGUCGCGGUGCCUCCAGCCCAUCAACAUCGUAGAAUGGAACGUCACUCUGCUGUGCGUGUUACUGGGCCUCGCAGUGCUGGAGUUUAUUAUCUGCCUUUUACAGCUUGGAAACGGUUUAGUGAACGCCAUCUGCCGGCCCUGCUGCUACAAGCAGGAGUACAGCCUCAACGCUUAGAGAGGCACAUCUGCAUGGACGCUGGGCGUAUCACAGAAACAACAGUACAAUACAGCAACAACUGUGAUAUAGACACAAGUAAGCUGUUUCAUGCUGAUGGGCUAAAGCAGGGACGUCAAACUCAUUUUCAUUUUCCUUUACCAGAAUGCAUUCAUAAAACUCAUUAACAAACUGUUAAAAUUUUAAUAAAUUGUGUCUCCAUAUGUGUUUCUUAAAAUUAAAUAAUAAAGAACAACGGCGUAUUAGGGCCAUUGUAGAUGGAGAAAAAAAAGUGUAAAGACUCAGAAAUUUUCAAGAAAAUCUUUGAAAUUCCUGAACUUGAAAAAUGUAAAAUUUGAGUAAAAGAAUCUGAAAUUUUGAGAUUAAAAUAGAACAUUUUUGAGUGUCAAAAGUCAAAGAUUUUCCACUUUUGAAACCCAGAAAAUUUCAAGCAAUUUUUCUAGAAAAUUUCUGAAAUCCACCUCUAAAGUUCUGAGUUUUUCUCUGGCAAAUGUUCAACUUUUCAAAACCAGAAAUUUUUGUUUUUGCACAAAAAUUUCUGAGAUUUUUCUUUUCAAACUUUUUUCAAACCAUUUCUGAGGUUAAUCUCAAAAUUUUUUCCUUGACAUUUUCUCCAGUUUUUUUGUAUCUCAUACACUGUUGUAGCCACAGAAGGAUUUUUGCAAUUUUGCAGUUUUUUUUUGCAAUCAACAUAACUGAUUUUGCAGAGCUAACUUAGAAAUACUUGCAAAAAAUGUUGUGAUAUUUGUAAAUGAUAUAUGUAAAAGAGCAAAUGUGACUUUUUGUUACUUGUCUCAUCGAUCAUGGACUAAAAUAACGCUGAGGUAGAAGUAGAAGUAAGAAACUGCCACCUAAAGAUUGAAGUUUGUCACUUAAACCCACAUAAAUCCAAUGUUUUAGACCGUUUUUAUGAAAAAUGAUAAAUAAAUUCACGGCUGUGUUCUAUAUUUGUCUCAGGUCCAGUAGGUUGACUUUAUAACAGAAACACUCAGCAUCUCUGUAUUUAUUCUAGCAAUUGAGGUUCUGCCCUUAACAUUAAAUAAAAUACAAUAAAUUACCCUAAACCAACUACAAAGCAAUGAUUCCCAAAGAGCAGCUCACAGCAGUUAAUUGUAAAAUUAAACAAAAUUAAAACGAAAUUAAAAACAGGUAAAAACAGAAAAACAUGACAAAAUUACACAUGAAAUACUGUAUAUGAUUAAAAAUCUAAAAUGUUAAGAGAUAAAUCUUCUAAAGAAAAUAGAGCUGAUUCUAAUACAUGAUACAGUUACCGACGGCAACAGAAAAGGGGGAGGAGCUGUCAGUUACUGGUUGCUACGGUAACUGCCAACCGCUUAUGCAAAAGAAACAUGACAGAAUUUAAAUACACCAAGAAAUAUCACAAGAAACAACCUGUUGACUAAGCAUAAUAAAUUUGAAGAAUAAAUACGUUUCGACAAACUUAUUAUCUAUAGAAAGGUUAAAAUAAAAUCUUAGUGAGGAAAAAGUUCUGGGAUUUGUUGAUUUUGGGUUGACGUCUGUAAUUGUGGAAUUAUGGAGAACUGUACGGACUGAUUGAUGUAAUUUGGCAGUUACAGAAAAAAAAACUGCUUUGAUUUGACAUAAUAAUAUUUAAAAACAUAGCUGUUACUAUCCAGGAGUCCCUGUGAGAGGCCACAUGAUUAGCCACGGUGGGCUGGAUUUGGCCCCCGCGCCUCGAGUUUGACACGUCAAUGAGUUUAAUGAUAGAGUGGAGUGACUUUAUUGUUGUCUUUAAAAUAAUCUUAAAAAAUAAAGUCAGCUGUUUUCUUUAAGCAGUGUGUAAAUCAGACCCUCUGAGUAAAUGAAAGUACUUUCAACCUUCAAGUGUCCUUUCAUCAAGUUUUUAGGUAUCUUGUGUGUUUUUUACAUGUUGCUGUAAAUUGCUACCUUGAUAUCCGUCAGUUUGUAGUUCAUUAUUGAAUGACAUUUUAUAUCCGUUUUAGUUAUUUUUUUUAUGAUGUGCUGUUUAUUUUUGCUGCCUUGAGUAAAUAAAUAAUUUCAAUUUUA